ACACUCGGCCACACUGAUUUCAAUUCCAACAAAAAAAAUUUGCAAACAUUGAGGAAUUCGCGUUUAGAAAUUAUAUUUGGCCGUGGGCAAAUUUUCGACCAUGCCCAUCUACGAGAGCGUGAUGCAGGAGAAGCCCCCCAUCGUCCUGGACAUCGGCACCGCCUACACAAAGCUUGGCUUCACGGCGGAGGCGUGUCCACGGAAGAUUAUGCCCACCGAGGUGGUGCUGACCACGACAGGAAUCCGAAAGCGGCUGUUCGACUACGACACGACGGAAGAGCUACACGACCAGCUGGUGGACUUCCUGCAGACCAUUUUCUUCAAGCACCUGCUGGUCAGCCCCAAGGAGCGCAAGUUCGUAGUAGUGGAGAACGUGUUCGGACCCACCGUGCUUCGAGAAACACUGGCACGCGUUCUCUUCCUCCACUUCGACGUCUCGUCUGUGCUGUUCGUACCCGUGCACCUAAUUGCGCUAUCCACGCUGGCCGUACCCACCGCAGUGGUCGUGGAUAUUGGGUACAGUGAGACCAGCGUGAUGCCUGUCUACAGCGGUGUGCAGAUCAUGUCCGCAUUUAAGGAUCAGAGUUAUGGUGGCAGUGCUAUUCAUGCAGAGAUCCGGCGCCAGCUGCUUGAGGCAGGCAUAAAGGAAGACCUACUGACGGAGAGCGUACUGGAAGACAUUAAGGUGCGCACAUGCUUCGUGACCACCUUCGAGCGGUCGCAGGCCCGUGCCAAGGAUCAGGCGCCGACGCCGCCGCCGGGCGUAGACUACAUCGUCAGCGACCAUGAUGAGGUUAUCCAUGUACCCGGCAGUUUAAGGGAAACGGUCUACGAGAUUAUGUUUGAGCCCAGCAACGAGCGCGACAGCCUGCCGCACCUUAUCCUGCGCUCCAUUCUCGACUGCACCCUGGAUAUGCGGCGAGCGCUGGUCGAGAGUGUGCUCUUAAUGGGCGGUGGCUCCAUGGUUCAGGGACUGCAGUCACGACUCCGCCAUGAAAUGCAGCAUCUGCUCGCCGAGGACCCGUUCUACGCAAGCCGCUUCCACGGCCAGCUGCAGUUCAAGUUCUACAAUCCCAUUGGCAAGCAAAACUUCACCGCCUGGCUGGGUGGUGCCCUGUGCGGCGCCACGGAUCUCAUUCAGACCCGGUCUCUGGCCAAGGAGACGUAUUUGAAGAGCGAACAUGUGCCCGACUGGAGUAACUUGUGUGACAAUCGGCCGACGGGUUCAUAGAGUUAUGUGACGAGUGGCGCUGAAUAUUUAUUUAAACGUGAUUUCCAAUAAGCCUAAAGUGAAAAUAGAUGAAUGAUUAUAUCGUUAUUGUCCAUAUUGUAUUAUAUUCCAGUAUAUAUACCUCAUA